AUGGAGCGCUGGGCGAAAGUUCGCAUUGGUAAUGGGGGCGAUCUUAUUCGAGGGGCCAUUGCGCAGAUGAGCAGUCGGCAGAGUUUCCGCGAUGCCUCUUUUGUCCGUUAUGAGUUGAUUGCUGACGCGAAUGCACACCGCCCACGAGCCAAAGAAGAUUUUGUUCGUACUGUCUACUAUGGGCGGCUCGAGUAUAUCCUUCACUGCACCAUCCCAUCAAACGUCAUAUCCGAGCCCGAAACCAUUCUUUUUGGUGUUAAUACCACUUGUGAUACCCAGGGACACGAUGCUACACUAGAGCUGACCUAUUUUAGAAGUUUGACGUCGUACAUUGAAAUCGUGGACUUGGCUGCAAUCUGCGCAGUGGUGGGUCGCAUCCAAAUUGGCACCACGAAUCCUCAAUGGGCGAUUGUUGACCGGAGCGGUUCCUGGGCCCGCACCGCCUUCACGGAUGACUCACUGACUGUAGACGCUCCCCAACAAGACGAACUCUGACAAAAAUCCAUUGUGUAUGCUUAGGAUACCUAGCUACGAAUCAAAUUUACAUCUAGCUUCCGAAUUGCGACUUUGUCUGGUCUACCAUGAGAUAAAAAUCCGGCUCUGUUCCGCCUCCAGCAAACAGUGAAACCGGUC